AAGAUUCAUGAAGUUGAGGCUCUGCUUGGAAGCUGAACAUAAUCACCGGCUGUAAGGGAAACAUCCUGCACACUUUAUAGGUCAACCGCUGCCUUAUCAACGUUAUGAGUGUUCCAGGAAGAUUAAUCCUCCACGGAAAGACAGCUACUUAUGAUGAAUUCCUAUUACUUACAUAUGGAAAUAUGGACUUGAAAACCCUCACUUGAAGAGAGAGAGAGAGAGAUAUAUAUAUAGUUACUGAAUUGCCUUGGUGAUGGAAAAUCUAUGCGUGAAGGUGCAUCAGCUGUCAAAAUCUAGCAGAUAUAUCAGUGUACUACGGAGACAGCUUAUGACCCAAAGCAGGACUCCUGUACAAUAUGCUUCAUUUUCAAAAGUUCAGCAGCUCCAUGAAAAACAGUUUACUGCCAUAACGUUUCCUCUCCAAGAUCUAGCAAGAUUCUUGGCCCCUAAUGUGGACACAUCAUCCUUCUACGUUUUCAAACCUAACCAGGAGGACAUCCACAAGGCAGAGAUGUUUUUCAUUCCAUCACAUCAACACAUCAUUGAUUAUUCCAUUUCUGCUGUCCGGAUGGAUCAUGCCCCACAAAUGUCUGAGCCUGAGGUUUGCUUUUUAGGAAGAAGCAAUGUUGGAAAAUCAUCUUUAAUAAAAGCAUUGUUUUCUUUGGCCCCUGAUGUUGAAGUCAGAAUUUCCAAACAUCCUGGUCACACAAAGAAAAUGAAUUUUUUCAAAGUGGGAAAACUCUUCACUUUGGUGGAUAUGCCAGGCUAUGGGUUCAAAGCACCCAAAGAUUUUGCAGAGAUGGUAGAGCCUUAUUUAAACCAACGUAAAAAUUUGAAACGUACGUUCUUAUUAAUAGAUGCCAAAGCAGGGAUUCAGGAAAUGGAUAACAUUGCUAUAGAAAUGUUAGAAGAAUUUGGGAUUCCGUAUGUUCUUGUAUUAACUAAAAUUGACAAAGCAGCAAAAUCAGUGAUGGCAAAAAAUGUGCUACAGAUUCAGGACUUCGUAAAGAAAAAUACCCAAGCGUGCUUUCCUCAACUUUUUCCUAUCAGUUCUUUGAAUUAUUCUGGAAUCCAUGUAUUGAGAUGCUUCAUAGCUCAUACAGCUGGACAUCUUCCAUUGUCCAUUGGAUGAUGCAUUAUACUCAGAAGCAUCUUGCUUCAACUUCAUGCUAGAUGCUGUAUAAAUAUAAAUUAUUUUGGAACAAUAAAUGCUAUGUAAAUUCA